CCAUGUAAUUGAUUGAAGCCAUUGAAGAAAAUAAACACAAUAAGCUUUUUAUUCCUCAUUUAUCCAAACAAUGAUUAUGCUCAAAACUUGUACACAAAAUUACCAUCAAUUAGUACCAUUAUUAAGUUCCAAAUAUAGAAAUUCAAAUGUCAAUUAUGUUGUAGAACCAUUAAAAUUUGCUCAUAGAAGAAAGCAAGUGCAAAGCUUAGCAAUAAGAGCAAGUAGUGGUGGAGAGAAACAAAGUGAAAGGCGUGUUUUUUUGACACUUGAAGAAGCUGGCCUUGUUGAAGUGUCCGGCCUCAGCACUCAUGAACGUUUUCUAUGUCGAUUGACGAUUUCAUCACUCAAUUUAUUAAGAGUGAUAUCAGAACAAGAAGGUUGUUCAAUUGAGGAAUUGAAUGCUGGGAAAAUAUGUGAUUGGUUCUUGAAAGAUAAGCUAAAAAGAGAGCAAAAUUUGGAUUCUGCUGUCCUUCAAUGGGAUGAAUCUGAUUUCCAACUAUAAUUCUUAGUAUCGAUAUGAGUUGUGGUGCAGUGGUGAAACUGUUUCAUUCUUAAUUAGUGAUCUCAAGUUUGAGUUUUAGGUAUGGAGAAAAUCUUGUUGAGAGCGCCACUCCCGAAUGAGCCCUGUAGCGCAAUCAAAAUUUAAUCGAGACUCCAAUAUAAACUCCGAACACCAAAUAAAAAAUUAAAAAGAAAUACUAUAAUUCUUAGUCUUU